CCUUAUCCACAAAUAUAUAAUGAAAAUGUGAAGGCGAUGAUGGGUGUGGACAGCAAAAGAAAAUAGCUCCACAACACAAGCAUAUGUGUCGAUGAGAGUGAAGAAUUGAUAAACUAAUGACUACAGCUUUCUGCGCUGAAUUCUUUCCCCAACGCCUCAUCUUCACCCGGCACACCAGAAUCCCUCACUACAGCUCCGUUUUCAGAUGCAGAGGCAACAGAGAUUCCUCAAAUCUAGAUAGACUCAAGGUCUCCACUGAAGCCAGGGCCAACCAUGUCCCCACCUACAUCGAUUUCAAAGAAGCCCAUUUCUUGAAACUGCUCCACAGAUCCUGCAAAGCGGGGAACUACGAUGAGGGCCUCUAUUUUCUUGAAUGUAUGGUCAAUUUGGGCUACAAAGCAGAUGUCAUUCUCUGCACCAAGCUCAUCAAGGGCUUCUUCAGCUCCAAGAGCAUCGAUAAAGCGGCUAAAGCCAUGAGGAUUCUUGAGAGACAUGGCGAGCCAGAUAUAUAUGCUUACAAUGCCUUUGUUAGUGGCUUGUGCAAGGCUAAUAUGAUUGAUUCUGCUAAUCAGGUGUUGAGCAGGAUGAGGAGAAGAGGCUUUGCACCCGACAUUGUGACCUAUAAUAUUAUGAUAGGCAGCCUUUGCAAUCGAGGGAAGCUCAGUUUAGCUUUGAAGAUGAUGGAUGAGUUGAUACAGGAGGAGAAUUGUAAGCCUACUGUGAUCACUUACACUAUCUUGAUUGAGGCCAUGAUUCUUGAAGGUGGGAUUGGUGAGGCCAUGAAAAUCUUUGAUGAGAUGCUGUGUAGAGGGCUGCAGCCUGAUAUGUACACCUAUAACACUAUUAUUAGGGGUAUGUGUAGAGGUGGAUUGAUGGAUGAGGCGUUUGAGUUUGUUAGGAGCUUGACAAGUAGAGGGUGCAAGCCCGAUGUGAUCUCGUAUAACAUCUUGUUGAGGACUCUGCUCAAUCAGGGGAGGUGGGGUGAUGGGGGCAGGUUGAUGGAGGAGAUGUUUGCAGCUGAGUGUGAGCUCAAUGUGGUGACCUACAGCAUUCUGAUCAGCGCUCUGUGUCGUGAGGGGCGGUUGGAGGAGGCGAUCAACGUGUUGAAGAUCAUGAUGGAUGAGGGGAUGAGCCCUGAUACUUAUACCUACGAUCCCUUGAUCUCAGCUCUGUGUAAAGAAGGGAGGUUGGAUUUGGCAAUCGCGUUCUUGGACUACAUGGUCUCAAGUGGCUGCUUUCCCGAUAUAGUGAACUACAACACUAUACUGUCAGCAUUGUGCAAGAAUGGCAAUGCUGAUGAGGCUUUGGAGGUCUUCGGGAAGCUUGCUGAGAAUGGGUGCCCCCCGGAUGUGAGCACUUACAACACCAUGGUGAGCGCGUUGUGGAACUCUGGGGACCGGGAGAGAGCCUUGGGGCUUGUCUCGGAGAUGAUUGAUAAAGGGAUUGACCCUGAUGAGAUCACUUACAACUCUCUCAUAUCAUGUCUGUGUAGGGAUGGGAUGGUGGAUAAGGCUGUUGAGUUGUUGGGAGAUAUGGAGAGAAGCGAGUUUAUACCGUCCGUUGUCACUUACAACAUUGUGAUUCUUGGACUGUGCAAGGUUCGGAGAAUCAAUGGUGCUAUUACUAUACUGGCUGAGAUGGUUAGGAAGGGCUGCCAGCCUAAUGAGACGACGUAUGUUCUGCUAGUCGAGGGCGUGGGGUUUGCAGGGUGGCGAGCAGAGGCCAUGGAGCUUGCAGACUCUCUGUAUAGGAGAAAUGCUAUCUCGAGUCAGGCGUUGAGACGUCUGUGUAGAACGUUUCCCGUGAAUGAUGCUUAUGCAGGCUCCACUACUAGGACAGAAAUCAAAGGCUAAUUUUGUGUUUUUGUUGCUCUGAUUCUGUUUAGUAUGUUGAUUAGUUCUUGAUCUUCACAGUUUUUUCACUAAUUUUGAUGAUGGUAUGCAGUUGAAGCCAUUAUUAAUACAAGAAAUUCUUGACAGAAACUCCAGAAUUCAUAGUGUAAUUUUGAAAGAAAGCACAGAUUAUACAACAUUUCUAGAGCAAAAGCAGCACAGCACUUCACAGCCUGUUGGUUCCACCGGUAGAUCUCUUUGGCUCCUCAAGGUUGAAGCCAGACGACGCAGCAGACGGGUUCUUUGUUGAGCGAUAUGAAAUGACUCGAUGCAUGGUUUCCAUGAGGCUCUUCACCUUCUUGUUGUCGAAUCCACGGUCAUCAACUCCGUUGCUGCCAUGACAAGCCUCUGUGGUGAAGCUUGCCUCAUCUUGGCACUUGUGAAGCCUCAGGUACUUCAUUGUUUCAAC